AUAUAUAAUAUAAAACCAUGGCGGUAAGAAAGGGGCCUAUGAUUAUGCAAACGACUCGGUCACUCGGUUGUCACUCCGCGCACAAGCGCAGCGUGUCAGUCUAACUGUGUCAUAAUGCACCUCGGAGGAAUAAUCACCUGAUUAGCUUACCCCUCGACAAUGCAUCGCGGGCCACACAAGCCGGCGACCUCGUUGCUGCACGUCAGCUCGGCGCUCCGACGCAGGUGCGAUGGCGAGGAGAUGACUCUGGCCAAGCUGGUAGAGAUUUGCGUUGAGAGCGGCCAGCCCCGCACGCCGCUGGCCGUCACGCGCCUAGAGCUCGGCUGCCAACUAUUCGAGCGCAUCGGGGAGUGCGUUGCCGAGUACAGGGAGGUGCAGCAGCUGCACGUGGACCGCAACCGCAUCAGCCGCAUUGAGAACCUGUCGGCGUUCAAGCACCUGCGUUGCCUAUACCUCCAGGGCAACCGCAUCCGGGUGGUUGAGGGCCUGGAGGGGUUGCGGCAGCUGCGGCUGCUGAACCUGUCCGCCAACCAGCUCACGCACCUGGCCGGCGGCGGACUGGAGCGACUGCCGCGCCUGGAGACGCUGCUGGUAUCCGACAACCAGCUUGCUAGCGCAGACGCUGUGCGCUGUCUGGCGGGUUGCACGGCGCUGUGCGAGUUGGAUUUGGGCCACAACCAGCUGGCGGAGGCUGAGGGCGUGCUGCAGGUCUUGGAGGCAGUGCCGCAGCUGCAAACCCUGACCCUGGCUGGCAAUCCCAUGACCCAGACCGCGGCUGGGGCUGUGGCCGCCGCCGUCGCCUCCUCCGCCGGCGCCACGGCACCAGGUGCCGCCCCGCACGCACCGCUAGCGUUCUACAGGCGGACGGUGGUGGCGCGCUGCCGGCAGCUGACGGCGCUGGACCACCGCGCCGUGUUCCCGCAGGAGCGCCGCUACGCCGAGGCCUGGUGGGAGGAGCAGCUGCAGGCGCAGGCAGGGGCGCAGGCACGGACGCAACAGGCGCUCACGUGGCCCUUGGGCACCGCUGCGCCCGUCCCAUCCGCGUCCACGGCGGUGGCAGACAUGGGCAGAGCCGGCAACGAGGGCCUCGUGGAUGGCUGCGCAUCAUCGUCGCCGGCGGGCUCGUCGUGGGUAGCUGCGGGAGAGCGCGCAGGCGCCUCGGCGCGCUCUGCCUCCCUGCCCGCUGCGCUCGCCGUGACGUCGCCGCUGGACAUGUCGCGGCUGCCGCAGGACGUCCUUUACCCGGUGCUGACGCGGCUGGACGCCAGGUCGCUGGUGAUGAGCGCCCUGGCCUGCCGCCACUGGUGCGGCGUGGCGGCCUACCCCCUGGCGGCCACACGGACCGCGCGGGCACAGGCGGCCCUGGUGGACGCGGCGGCGGCGGUGCCGCGUCUGGCGGAGGAGCUUAUGGCGGCAGUGACUGGUGGAGCAGCGGCACCCGGGCUGGGGCGGGGGCCGGGUCUAGGCCCCGUGGCGGCAGCGGCAGCAGCAGGCGCACAGGCGCCGGACAGCGGCGGUGUGGAGCAGCUGCAGGAGCUACUCGCCAUACGCACGCCCGCACGGCCGCUGGUACAGCUCUUCUUCUCGCUGCAGGUCUUGUGGGAUACCUACCUCCGCCGCUGCGCCCAUCGGGCUGCCGCGGCUGUGUCAGUGGCGGCCGGUGCUGCCGCGGGCACGGACGCCGAUGCGGGCAUGGAGUCAAGCGCACACCUAGGCGGCCUGCCCACGGCCGGCUCACAUAGCAGCAGCCCGGGGUGUGAGGCGGCUGGAGCAUUCGACGCUGCAAACAAGUCGGCAGCAGCAGCCGGCACAAGUGGCGUUGGCGCGCCCUGUGACCCCUGCUCACAAACGGCGGAGGACCAGGACUCAGAUGCGGAUCUGGCAUUGGCGCUAGCACUUAGCUUGCAGCAAGGCAAUGCGGGGGUGGCGGAGGAGGAGCAGGCGAGGGAAGGGAGAGGGGCACGGAGCCCGGGGCAAAGCCACCUCCCAGUUGCUGACGGGGAUGUAGAGGUGUCAGGCGCACCGGCGACCGUCGCCGCGGGUUACGCCGCGGCUGCAGGAUUGCAGCCGGGCGUUGAGCCGGCAUCGCUGGGCGAGGCCGACGUCGAGCAUGACGCAGGGGCGCUAGCGGCUGCCGCCGGCGAUGCGGAGGUUGAGCAGGAGGCAAGGGGGGAUCCGGAGGGCCUAGCAGCAGCAGUCACAGCAGCAGAGGAAGUUGCCACGGCCGCCACGGAGGACCCAGCCUUGGAUCCUGCGUUGGGCCCUGUCCUAUACCCCGGCAGUGACUCGGAGGCCUCUGGCUCCGAGGGGUGCUCGGAGCUGGAGGUGGAGGAGACCGACAUGGACAGCCACGCGUGGCGCAUGGCGGCGUGGGAGCAGGCACAGCACAUGCUGCGGGCCCGGGCCUUUGUCUUGCCGGCGCUGCCCGCCGCGCUGCCGCUGGGCCCACGCGCCCUGGCGCUGCUGCGCAGCCGCACCGGCAGCGCCGAUGACCUGGACUUCUACGUGCCGCAGCUGCGCCCGCAAGACGUGGCCCGCCACAACGCCAGCGCAGGAAGGCUGACCGAGUGGCUGCUGGGUGUGGAAGCACACUGCCGCGCCGCACACGAGCUGGAUGCAGCUGCGGCCUGGGCAUGGCCGCGGCAGCUCGUCGCGCGCCAGGCGGAGGAGCCGGCGGCGGCGGCGGCAGCGGCGGCGGCGGAGCAGCCGCUGGCUGUGGAACAGGGGCCGGAGGCCUUGGGUGCCACAGCCGGCAACCUGGCGGCAAGUGCAGGCGGAUUCGCGGCGCCUGUGGCAUCUCUCCCGGCGGGCGGUGAGGAUAAGAAGGGCGGGGCGGCGGGUGUGCAGCGCUGGCCCGCGGCGGCGGCGGCGGCGCUCGAGAUGCGGGCGGCGCUGGGACGCAUGCUGGCGGCGCGGCGGGCCGAGGCAAUGGCCAGGGCGGCGGCGGCCGCGGCAGUGCGGGCGGCGGCAGAGGCGGCGGCAGCGGCAGCGGCCGCGGCUGCGGCUGCUGGGGCAGAGGCGGCUGCGGAGGCACAGGCUGCCGCGAUUGUGGAUGCAGUGGGCCAGGUUGCAGAUGCCGGCGCGGGGUUGGCUUUUCAUCCGGAGCCUAACGCAUCUGGAGAUCGGGCCGGGGUUGCCGAUGCUGGUGGCGCUGGUGCCCCCACACCAGCUGGGAUUGGUCCCGCAGGUACCUGCAGUGCGCCGGUGGUGCGGUAGUAGGGGCGUCUGGAGCAGCAGCUCGGUUGGUGCCUAGCGCAGCGUUGCGCCAAGUCAGGUGGGCAUCGACGCCUCACAGAUAGAGGACUAUCCAGACGAGGAUGGUGGAGAGGCUGGCGAUGCGUUGGGUGCAGGCGGCAUGAGGCAAGGGGACCAGGCCGCCGGCUUGUGAAGCUCAACUCCUGCGUCUGGAUGCAGGUGGCGGAAUUCGAGUGGCCAGGUGCUAUACUGUAUAGGUGCUAUACUUUAUACCGUCUACGGCUCAUGGCUGCGGGUGCUCAGGCGACUGCUCGCCACUCCGACCAACCCAGGCAAAUAGCGCAGGCAAGACCGCGCCCGAAAGCCAAUCGCGUACGAAUGCACACACAAACCCUUGCCUGCUAGGCCCUCUAGUACGCCAACUCAGUGGCGGCUCUGACAUGCGCUCUUGCGCCUUUAGUGAGGGCUGCUCCCUGGUCGUGGCGUCCACACCCUCCCAGCCUUUGCGGGGCACGCCCAGCUGUGCCCUGCAGGACCGGCAGUGUUACGGAACCGUGCCCUGCUGGACCGGCGCCCAGAUGCAUACGCAUUUAAAUACAUCUAUUGUAAGCGUGCAUGGCC